AUGGAUCAUCAAAUCCUAUAUUUUACAUCCAUUUUCUCCCUAAUCACUUUUGUGUUUAUAGCACACAGAAUACUACUGACCAAGAAAUCUAACUCAUCAACCCCAAAUCUUCCACCUGGCCCAUUGAAGCUACCUAUCAUAGGAAACAUACACAACCUUGUUGGUUCACUUCCCCAUCAUAAACUAAGAGAAUUAUCAACAAAUUAUGGACCCUUAAUGCAUCUAAAGCUUGGAGAGGUUUCAACAAUCGUGGUUUCAUCAGCAGAAAAUGCUAAACAAGUACUGAAAACUCAUGAUCUUGUCUUUGCAUCAAGGCCUGAAAUCCUAGCUACAAAGAUAAUGAGUUAUAACUCUCUUGGUAUGUCUUUUGCACCUUAUGGAGAAUAUUGGAGACAACUUAGAAAAAUUUGUACACUUGAGCUAUUAAGUUCAAAACGUGUCCAAUCUUUUCAACCGGUUAGAGGUGAAGAGCUGACUAAUCUAAUCAAAUCGAUUGCAUCAAAAGAAGGAUCACCAAUCAAUUUCACCAAAGAAGUGCUUUCAACAAUAUUUAUAAUCACUUCAAGGGUGGCCUUAGGGAAAAAGUGUAAGGAAAAUCAGAAAUUCAUAAAUGUGGUAAAGCAAUCCAUGAGGGUUGCUGGAGGUUUUGAGUUGGGAGAUUUGUUCCCUUCUUAUGCAUGGCUUCAACACAUAUCUGGAUUAAAGCCUAAGCUUGAAAAGUUACAUAAACAAGCUGAUAUGAUUAUGCAAAACAUUAUUGAUGAGAAUAGGGAGGUUAGGAAAUCAAGGGUCAAUGAAGAUCAUCCUAAAGAAGUGGAGGAAGAAGAUCUUAUAGAUGUGCUCUUGAAUCAAGAAUGUUUAAGUGAUAAUAGUAUCAAGGCUGUGAUCUUGGAUAUGUAUGGUGGUGGAAGUGAGUCAUCAGCUGUUACAAUAACAUGGGCAGUGGCAGAGAUGAUAAAAAAUCCAAGAAUAAUGGAGAAGGUGCAAGCUGAGGUAAGAGAAGUAUUUGAUAAAGAAAAAAUACCCAAUGAAAGAGACAUGGAGAAAUUAAAAUAUUUAAAAAAUGUUGUGAAAGAGACAUUGAGAUUACACCCUCCUGGUGCAUUUUUGCUUCCAAGAGAAUGUGGAGAAGCAUGUGUGAUAAAUGGAUAUGACAUACCUUAUAAAAGCAAAGUGAUAGUGAAUGUUUGGGCUAUUUCAAGAGAUCCAAGUUUCUGGUCUGAUCCAGAUAGGUUUUAUCCUGAAAGAUUUGAUGAAAAUAGUGUUGACUAUAAGGGUAAUACUUUUGACUUCAUUCCAUUUGGGUCUGGUAGAAGAAUGUGUCCAGGGGUGACAUUUGCUUUGGUGAGUGUUGAGUUUGCACUUGCAUUGUUGAUGUAUCACUUUGAUUGGAAACUUCCCAAUGGAGUUAAAAAGGAAGAUUUAGACAUGAGUGAGAGUUUUGGAGUAACUCUUACAAUGAAAGAAGAUUUAUACCUUAUUCCAUCCAUUUAUCAUCCUUAG